AUGGAUGCUCGUGGAAAGUACGUCCUAUCACAGUUUGGACCUUUCUCCGGAAAUUGUGUUUCGUUGGUGGCAGGAUAUGCAGCGGGAGGCAGUGCCCAGCACACUUUCCCCAAGCAGUUCGUGCAUUACCAUCGUGCAGGACAAGCAUCCACAAGCAGCCCCCAGACCCAGCGCGGCUACUCUGCUUUUGUGCACACAAAGAUCUCCCAAGUCAUCAGCUCCACCAGCAUCCACGCCGACACCAUGAGCUCCGGCGAGAUGCAAAGGGAAUCCCAAGGCAAGAGUAUCGCUGUCAUGCUGCAGGACGACGUGGCCGAUGCCCGCAUUUUCGAUCAAAGGCGCCAGGGCAUGACGCAGAGUGCUUCGAGCAAUGCUGGUAGCAUGAACGCUCUCCGCCUGCCUGCUUUCUUUGAAAGCCUGGGCCACUCCAACGUGAUCCUGACUGCGGCCAGCGGUUCUUUCGGCCACAAGGAUGGACCGGCAUCUGGUGCAAUCGCUUGCCGCCAAGUUGAGGAAGCAUGGAAGGCCUGGAAGUCUGGACAGUAUGGCAACGUCAGCUUAAGUGAUGGCGUUGUUGAGUUCGCCAAGACCCACGAGGAGAUCAAGGGUGCUUUCCUCACUUUCCCGAAGGAAGCAGACGAGAUAUACCCGGGCUGGAAGGAGAAGCUAGGCUGCACAGGCGUGGCGUCCGUACCGGCAAGCUCUGUGAAUGCAAAGAUCUCUACAGCCUCUUCAGCCGCCACAGCCGCAGCGCGCAGUGGCACGCUUCCGGCAAAGAUGGCCUCGCAAAGCACAGCAGGAUCAGUGGUCAACCCGUACGCCGGCGGGGUCAAAAGUAUCCAAGCUGCCAGCAGCAACACGGCGGGAACCCUCCUGGGAACAGAAAACAAGUCGCCGGAACUCUCACGGCAGGGGCACGAGGCUGCACUUCAGGAUUCGCCCAAGCAGAAGCUGGACGUCCGCGUGGUGUCGCAGACCGAUCCCCAGGUGAAUUCCAGCGACAAGAAGAUGAGCAUGCGAAUCGAGCGCGCCAGCACGGACUCACAGCUGGUCAAUCCGUCUGCCGGCUUGGCCAAACCCAGCCAUGCUGCCGGCAUUGGCGGGUCGUGCACCGCGGCUGAUGUCCUACAGCGGCGUGGGUCCAUGUCUUUGCUGGAGGAUCCGCUCGGCCACACGGCUCAGACUGUGCCCCAGGCCCAGGCUUCCGGGGACAAGAUCACGGAGACGGGGAGCGCCAUGGCGAGUGGGACUCAGACAGGCAUAGACAGCGUUCCAGGACCCGUCAUGAAGCGGGAAGUGGCAUGGAGCUGCCGGACCCUGCUGGAGGAUGGUCCUCCGCUGCCGCUGCGUUUUCAAGCAGCAACAGAGGUGCCGGUAAGCGUGAAGCCCGAUGCCAGCAGCAGGAGGCACACGCUACCAUCUUCACUUCUUACUAGGGAUCCCACGAAGCCCAGACCGCAGAAGACCCUUCGGUUCUCGGAGCAUGUCGACCACAGGUCAAUCAGCCCCAGACCCCGGUCCGCAACGGCUCCCGAAGCCUCCGGAACAGCAGACAAGCUCCGGGGAAAGACGAUGGCAGCCCAAGGGUCGGCUCGGUCGUCAGCAUCCAAGGCGUCCACAGCCACCAAACCCGUGCCGGCGCAGAGCUCUAGCUUUUCGGAGUUCUUGUUCCUCCCACCAGUUCCUGAAAACAAGACAGAGCCCCCUCCACAGUCUUUGUCCAACUUCUUGUUUGCUCCAAACGGCAGCACAGCUCAGCACGCAGUGCCUGCGGUUGAGAUGGAGAGCAGCCGCCGAAGUGGGGAGGAGCAUCACCCCAGCAGCGCCCACCACCACAGCAGCGAUGCCCACCGUCGCAGCAGUAAUGCCCACCACCGCAGCGGUGAGGCCCACCACCGCGACCGCGGCAGUGAAUCCCACCAUCGCGGCAAUGAUACCCACCACCGCAGCAGUGAAGCCCACCACCGCAGCAGUGAUGCCCAUCACGGGCAUGGAAGAAAGAGGAAGCACGAUGACAAGCAUGAUAAGGGUAUUCAGCAAGCAUCCUCCACUACAGCAUCAGCCUCCACUUCCAGCUCCAGCUCCAGCGCGGGCGAGCCAGCAAGCCUGGCUUCCCGUGGCGAAGUUUCCGGCACGAUGGUCCAUCAUUCCUCUUCGUUUCAGGUUACUGAGGAGAUGGCCCGGGAGGCCUACGAGCGCGGCCUGGGGUGCAGCAUGGAACAGCGCGUUUUGGAACGCGCCUAUUUUCUUUUUCAGAAUGGCCAGAGCGAGGACGCCGACGCCAACUACUUCACCGCGUUGAGAAUCGAACUCAGCGAAUCCGGCUGA